AUGGAUGCAGCAGACCUCGAUGAUGUGGGGGCCCCCACGCUGCUGAGCCACCCCUUCCUGGGUGAGUCAGUUGUUGCUGCUGCUGACGAGCCGGUGCUGCAGCAGCCUGCAGCAGCAGCAGCAGCAGCAGCGGCAGCACCACAGCAGCAGCAGCAGCAGCAGCAACAGCAGCAGACGCCUGCUGCAACAGCAACAACAGCAACACCCCAAACAGCAAGCGUACAGUCGACUGCUCCACCUGCAGCAGCACCUGCAGCAACAGCAGCAGCAGCAACUACUGCAGCAGCAACUGCUGAACCUGCUGCUGCAGCAGAUGGGGCCCCGAUGGAAGCCGAUGGACCGCCAGACACAACGCAGCAGCAGCAGCAGCAGCAGCAGGAGCAGCAGCAGGAGCAGCAGCAGCGUUCUGCAGCAGAUGCCUCAUCCGCCUUAGCUGUGACUGCACCAGCAGCAGCGGAGGGCCCUGAGCAGCAGCAGCAACAGCAGCAGCAGCAGCAGCAGCAGGAGCAGCAGCAGCAGCAGCCCGCGUUAACUUCUUCUUCUGCUCCUUCCAGCAGCAGCAGUGCAGCAGCAGGAACAGCAGCAGAAGCAGCAGCACCUGCCGCAUCUACAGCUGCUUCUGAAGGCAGUGGAUCAGCAGCAGGUACACAGCGACGGGGGCAGCGCGCUGCUGGCAGCAGACCCAGCAGCACCAGCAGCAGCAGCAGCAGCAGCAGCAGCAGCAGCAGGAAUAUGAGGGGGGGGCGUGAAGGCCGACUGGCGUUUGCGGGUUUAGCUGCUGAGGGUUUAGGGAUAGAGGAAGAGGGAGAUCUGGGUGUGGGUGAGGAGGGUGGUGUUGCAGGUGGAGCAGCAGCAGCAACAGCAGCAGCAGCAGCAGCAGCAGCAGCAGAGUCUGUGAGCCUUAUAAGCUCCGCGCUGCAGCGGGACCACCGCAGCUCCUUUCGGCUGCAGAUAGAUUUUGGUGGUUUAGGGAGAAGAGAAGAAGCAGCAGCACUGCGAUCGGUGCUGCAGGAGGCUGAGGAGAGGGGCCUCACUAUCACCCCGAUAGCAGCAGGGUACGGUGCUGGGGGCCCCUCUCGUCGGCUGGGUGGGGGGGGAGCAGCAGCAGCAGCAGCAGCAGCAGCAGCAGGAGCAGCAGCAGCUGGAGCGGGAACUGCGGCGACAGCAGCGGGAGUUCCAGCCGGAAACAGCAGCAGCAGCAGCAGCAGCAGCAGCAGCAGCAGCGAUGAACUCCUCUCCUCAACACCCCCAGAUGCUGACGUGCUGCCCCCCUCUGAACACCCUAUGUUUCUGCUGUGCCCUCGGCCUGCACCAGGCAGCAUGAUGCAGCUGAGCAGCAGCAGCAGCAGCAGCAGCAGCAGCAGCAGCAGCAGCAGCGGCAACCCGUUCGCCCUCUUCAGCAGCCCCGGGGGUGGGGUUGUUGCUGCAGCAGGAACAGCAGCAAACAUAGGCGAGCGGCUGCUGGACUCUCUCUUUGAGGAUCUAGCUGGGGGUAUAUUCAGGCCAGCAGCAACAGCAGCAGCAGCAGCAGCAGCAGCACGAAGACAGGGGCAGCAGCCAACGUUGCUGCAGCAGCAGCUUCAACAGCUAAGACAAAGCAGAGCUCAGGAAGCUGCUGCUGCUGCUGCUGUUGCUGCAGCUGCUGCUACAGGACGGCAGCAACAGCAACCUGUUGGGGAUAUUGGAUCAGCUGUCUCUGUUGCUGCUGCUGCUGCAGCAACAGCAGCAGCAGCAGCAACAGCAGCGCAGCAUAUGCUCUCUGCUUUCGUUACUGACCGCCUCUCCUCUCGCCCCAUACACCGCAUAGAGGUUGAGCCCGCCCCGCUGCCGGCUGCUGCUCCUGCUGCAGCUGCUGCAGCAGACACAGCAGCAGCAGAUGCAGCAGCAGUAGCAGCAGAAGAGGCAUCCGAUACUGCAGAAGACAUGGCAGCGGAAAACCCAGCAGCGGCAGACCCUGCAGCAGCAGCAGCAGCAGCAGCACCAGCAGCAGCAGCAGCAGCAGCAGCAGAGCCCGAGCCUACGGAGCCUAUUGUUGAGGACCGCCCCACAGAUCCACCGACUGUAGCAGCAACAGCAGCAGAAAGAGAAACACCAGCAGCAGCAGCAGCAGCAACACCAGCAGCAGCAACAGCAGCAGAAGGAGAUCGUGAUACUCGCCAGCAGCAGCAGCAGCAGCAACAGCAGCAGCAGCAGCAGCAGCAGGGUACCACCGAUUCGUCUGCCUCGCCGCGUGCGGCUGCCGCCUCUCCUGAAAACACCGCAGCAGCAGCAGCAGCACCGGCAGCAGCAGCAGCUCCAGCAGCAGCAGCUGCGGAGGAUUCAGCAGCAGCAGCAGCACCAGCAGCAGCAGCAGGAGGAGCAGCAGCAGGCGAUGGCGAAUCGAUGGAUGUAGACACUGGCGACGUGUCUACCACCACAACCACCAGCAGCAGCAGCAGCAGCAGCAGCAGCAGCAGCAGCAGCAGUGACAGCAGCAGCAGCAGCAGCAGCAGCAGCAGCAGCAGCAGCAGCAGUGAGCCUUCUCUUGCUUCGCUUGCAUGCGCUCUGGGGCUGACGGAGACAGCGCUGCUAGAAGCAGCAGGAGUGGACCCCUCCUUCCUCGAUGCUCUUCCUGCUGAUCUGCGGCAAGAGAUACUGCAGCAGCAGCUGCGGCUGCUGACGAUAGAGGCGGUAGAGACAAGGAGAGCAGCAGCAGCUGCUGCUGCUGCUGCUGCUGCUGCUCCUGCGGCUCCUGAUGCAGCUGCUGCUGCUCCAGCAGAUGCAGCAGCAGCUAACACGCAAGACGCAGAUGCUGCUGCAGCAACUGCUGCUGCAACAGACAGCUCACAGCAAGCUACAGAAGCAGCAGCAGCAACAGCAGCACCUGCUGCUGCUGCUGCUGCAGCAGACACCACCAGCGCUGCAGAGCAGCAGCAGAGGGAAAGCGGCGGCGGAGAAGCAGCAUCAGCAGCACCAGCAGCAGCAGCAACACCUGCAGCAGCAGCAGCAGCAGCACCCGAAUCGGGCGCAGCGGAUGCAGCUUCUCCAGCAGCCCCAGCAGCAGCAGCAGCAGCACCAGCAGCAGCAGCAGCAGCAGCAGCAGAGGAGCAGCAGCGGCCUCGUGUGCGUGAUUUGCCUGUUGAUUUAUUAAAUGCUCUUCCUGCUGCAGUUCGUCGAGCAGCAGUAGCUGGCUGCUGCGACGGAGACAGCUCCGGGGAUGCAGCAGCAGCAGGAGACUCAGCAGCAGCAGCAGCAGCAGCAGCAGCAGACUUUGAUAAUGCUACUUUCCUCGCAACACUAGAACCAGCACUAAGACAAGAGGUGCUGCUGACAGCAGAUGCUGCUGUUCUUGAGGCUCUGCCGCGUGAGCUGCAGGUGGAGGCGGCGUUGCUGCGGGAGCGGGCGAUGCAGCGGCAGCAGCAGCGGCAGCAGCAGCAGCAGCAGCAGCAGCAGCAACGUGCUGCUGCUGCUGCAGCACAUGCUGCAGCAAACCUCAAUACUGCUGUAGGACACGGUGGAGUUGUUGCUGCUUCAGGGGGCGAGAGACCCAGCAGAAGCAGCCGUGCUGCAGCAGCAGCAGCAGCAGCAGCAGCAGCAGCAGGAGGUUCUCUUCCUGCUGCUUUUGUUGACGCUUCUCUGGCGCUCUUUGGGGGCCUCGAGGGUCGAUGGGGGGCCCUCGGCCCGCAUGCAGCAGCAGCAGCAGCAGCAGCAGCAGCUGGCAGCAGACUGCUCGGGGUACAAACCUCCGCGCUGCUGCCGCGCAGCAUCCGCCUGGGCCUUCGUGAGGCUUUGCUGGAUGAUGCUGCUGACGGCAGCAGAGCUGCUGCUGCUGCUGCUGCAGCAGGAGACGCAGCAGCAUCUCUCGUUGCUGCACGCGGCAUGUUACAGAACUCUGCAGCAGCAAGAAACGCAGCAGCAGCAGCAGCAGGAUCUGCUUCAGGAGCAGCAGCAGGCUCUGCUGCUGGGGCAGCAGCAGCAGCAGCAGCAGCAGCAGCAGCAGGGGGAGGGGGGGCCCCCAGGGCCCCUCAGCAUACACUGCAGCACUUGCAGCAGCAGCAGAAGGCUCCCCUGAUUUCCUUACUCUCCUCCUGCGGGAGGGGCCCCCAGGUUCUGCUGCUGCAGGCCAUGGAGCAGCAGCAGCAGCAGCAGCAGCAGCAGCAGGCGGAGCUCCUCUUUCUGAUGACCUUUGGGUUGGUUUCCUUUCAGCAGCAGCAGGGGGCCCCGGGGGCCCCCACGGCGUCGCGUGGGGCCCCGGCGGCGGGGGCCCCGGUGGUGGGGGCCCCCCAGGCGGUGGGGGCCCCCCAGGGCCAGGGGGGGGCCCCGGGGGCCCCCACCGAGGGGGGGGCCCCCUGCGAGGCAGCAGCAGCAGCAGCAGCAGCAGCAGCAGGAGAUAGCCUCAAGUCUUUGGGGCUUCCCCCUAUCCCUGUGCUGCUGCCUCUCGAACAGCAGCAGCAGCAGCAGCAGCAGCAGCAGCAGCAGCAGCAGCAGGGGACCUUUCAGUGUGAGCGCUUUGCUGUUGGGGGAGCAGCAGCAGAGAGGGUGCUGGAGCAGCUGAGGAGCCUGCUGACGGUGCUGCCUGCUGCUGCUGCUGCUUUUGCCCGCCGCAUGCCGCACCCCAGCUCUCUCACCUAUCAAGACCUCGUCCGGGUGCAGCAACGCAAACACUGCAGCAGCAGCAGCAGCAGCAGCAGCAGCAGCAGUGGUGCUGCUGGUGGUGCGGGGCAACAACACCAGCAGCACCUGCACCAGCAGCAACAGCAGCAGCAACAGCAGCAACUGCAGCAGCAGGGAGAGGUUAAGACAGAGGUGCCGCAAACGCUGGGGCUUACGCGGCAGCAUGACCAGCAGCAGCAGCAGCAGCAGCAGCAGCAGCAGCAGCAACCACAGCAGCAAGAAGGUGCAGCAGAGUGGGGAGAAGAUCUAGCGCAUGAACUCCGCCGCAAGAAGAAGCGCAGGGAGCCUUCCAGCAGCAGCAGCAGCAGCAGCAGCGGCAGCAGCAGCAGCAGCAGCAGCAGCACCUCCGCCACCAAGGACGAGGCAGCUGCGCAGCAGCAGCAGCAGCUGCAGCUGAAGGGGACCCAAGAGGAGCCUGCAGAAGGGGAGUACCUUAUCAACGUAUUGAUGCAACUGACGGCGACUUCUCUCUUUCAAAUGUCUCCGCGGCAUAUGGCUCACCUUCUUGCUGCUAUACAUCUCCUGGUUAGCGGCAACAGCAGCAGCAGCAGCAGCAGCAACAGCAGCAGCAGCAGCAGCAGCAGCAGCAGCAGCAGCAGGCCGCAGAGCAGAUCCUCUGCACCCGCUGCAAGCAGCAGAAUGCAGCUCACGGAGACAGAGGCGCAGCCGAGCAGCAGCAGCAGCAGCAGCAGCAGCAGCGCAGCAGCCACCAACCACAGCAGCAACCCUAGCAGCAGCAGCAGCAGCAGCGACAACAACACCACAAGCAGCAGCAGCAGCAACAGCAGCAGCAGCAGCAGUGGCGAUGGCUCAGCUGAUCCCCCUGUUGAGGAGAUAGUCGUUGACGGCCGCAGCAGCAGCAGCAGCAGCAACAACAACAGCAACAGCAGCAGCAGCAGCAGCAGCAGCAGCAGCAGCAUGCAGGAGCGUAUGCUGCGUGUGAUAUCUGAGGAGUCUGUGAAUUGUUUAUGUGGUUUAUUGUGCUGCCCUGAUGCAGCAGCAGCAGCAGCAUCUGCUGCAGCAGCAGGUGUAUACGGUUUAGGUUCAUCAGCACAGCAGCGGGAGACGCAGCAGCAGCAGCUUGCUGUUGCUGCGAAGAUCGUGGGGUGUAUGUACACCUCACCGCAACACAGAACCUGGAUAGAUGCUGCGCUAAAACACAACUGCAACAGCCUGAGUGACCUUCUUGCUGCUGAGCUUGCUGCUCUUGCUGCAGCACUAACAGCAGCAGCGCAGCAGCAGCAGCAGCUGCGGCUGCAUGAUGAUGUGUGGCCCCGCAGAGAAGCAAUUGAACCCCACAUUGCUGCUUUCUAUAGACUCUGUGCUACUCUCCACGAUGUAUACACACACCAGCAGCAGCUGCAGCAGCAGCAGCAGCAGCAGCAGCAGCAGCAGCAGCAGGGUGCGAAUCAAGAACAAGGAAGUGAAAACGCGGAACAGACAGCAGCAGCAGCAGCAACAGCAACAGCACCAGCAGCAGCAGCAGGAACCGGUACACCAUCAUCAGCUGCUGCUGCUGCUGCACCCUCAGCAGCAGCAGCAGCACCAGCAGCAGCAGGACCAGCCUCCGUCGACUCCGCCGCAACACCCGCACCAGCAGCACCCGCAGCACCAGCACCAGCACCCGCAGCAGGAGCAGCAGCAGCAGGAGAGAGCAGCAGCAGCAGCAGCAGCAGCAGCAGCAACUCUGCUUUGUGUCGUUUUCGGGAUUUCUUUGAUAAGUCAAAUGUACAUAAAAUGUGGCGAGCGCUCGAUUUGCUGCUGUCUGCUGUUGCUGAGGCUUAUCCGGGUUUAAGUGUAGAGACAGCAGCAGUACAAAACAGACAAAGAACGCAGCAAGCUGCUGCUGCUGCUGCUGCUGCUGCUGCUGCAGCAGCAGCAACAGCAGCAGCAGGAGCAGGAGCAGGAGCUGGCGGGCAAAAUUCGCAGCAGAAUGAUAGGCCUAGUACAGCAGCAACUGCUGCUGCUGCUGCAGCUAAUGCUGCUGCUGCUGCUACUGCUGCUGGGGAAACUGCAGCAGCUGCAGCAGAAGCAGGAGCAGCAGCAGGAGCAGCAGCAGCAGCAGAAGCAACAACAACAACAGCAACAACAACAACAACAACAGCAGCAGCAACAGCACCAGCACAAGCACCAGCAGCAGCAGCAACAACAACAGCAGCAGCAGCAGCAGCAGGAGGAGGAGAUGCUGGUGGGGUUGAGGAGAGAGAAGCAGCAGCAGCAGAGACACAGGAGCUUGCUGCACCACUGGUCACCAUACAGCUGCUGCCGCUUAUUGAAGCUUAUAUAUUGGUGCAGCAGCUAUCGAUAGCAGCAGAACUAAAUAUAGAUGACGUGCUGCAGCUGCAGCAGCAGGAUCUGUUUGCUGCUGCAGCAGAGAGAGAACAAAGUAUAGUUGAUCGUGCUGCUGCUGCAGUUGCUGCUUGUAUAGAUCCUAAUACAGGUAUACCUGAUGCUGCUGCUGCUGCAGCAGCAACACAAGCAGCUAGCGAGGAGCUGCUGCAGCUAGCUAAGGAAGAAGAAGGAGACAAUGCAGCAGAGGAGGAGGAGACAGAAGAGACAAAAAAAGAAAAAAAAAAAAAAGAAAAAACAAAAACAUAUGCAUUUGGUGCUAGCAGCAAAAGACACAGUGACGAGAUGAAGGGCAAGCUGAGCGUGGUGUUUCAUGGGGAGGAGGGGCUAGAUGGGGGGGGUCUGACGCGGGAGUGGUUUUUGUUGCUUGCUAGGGAAAUGUUUAACCCUAAUUAUGCUUUAUUUACGAGAGAAGGAGCAAAAAGCGAGUUCAAUCAACCUAAUCCUCUAUCCAGUAUUAACCCAGAACAUCUACAUUAUUUUAAGUUCAUCGGCAGGGUUAUAGGUAAAUAA